AUGCUUGGUAGACUAACUAGGCGUGCUUUUGCAAGCUUCGAUUAUGAUUUAGCAGUCAUUGGCGGCGGUCCUGGUGGCUAUGUUGCAGCUAUAAAAGCAGCUCAGCUCGGUCUUAAAACAGCCUGCAUUGAAAAAAGAGGCACUUUAGGAGGAACUUGUUUAAAUGUCGGCUGCAUCCCAGCAAAAGCGCUAUUGAACUCUUCCCACAAAUUCUACGAAGCCCAGAAACAUUUCAAAGACCACGGGAUUUCAUUUGACAACAUAAAGCUUGAUUUUCCCCAAAUGAUGAAAAAUAAAGAACAAGCAGUCUCUGGAUUAACACGAGGAGUUGAAGGAUUAUUUAAGAAAAAUGGCGUCACUUAUCUUAAAGGUGCAGGAGCUUUCCAAGACCCGAAUACUUUGACCAUUGAUAAUGCAAGCCCGAUAAGAGCGAAAAAUAUUCUUAUUGCUACUGGAUCUGAGCCAAGCCAAGUCCCAGGUGGAAUUUUGCCAAUUGACGAAAAUAGAGUCCUUUCAAGUACAGGCGCUAUGGCUUUGAAAGAGAUACCUAAACGUAUGGUUGUGAUUGGAGCUGGAGUUAUUGGCCUCGAAUUAGGAAGCGUUUACAGCAGACUUGGUACUGAAGGGGUCAGAAAAAUUAGAAAACUGUUACUUUUAUAGGAAAAAUCACUAUAAUUUUUUUAAUUUUAUUGGCCCACACUGAAGUCAUUGUGGUAGAAUUUUUAAAUAGACUUGCCCCAGCGCUUGAUUUAGAAGUCGCCCAAAGCUUGCAAAAAAUUCUUGUGAAGCAAGGCAUUAAGUUCCAUUUAGGUGCAAAAGUAGUAGGAGGAGAAGCUAAACCUGAUUCUGUUCAUGUAAAAAUUGAGCCUGCAUCUCCUGAUAGUAAAAACGUUCCUGACAGUAUUGAUUGUGACUACGUGCUUGUAGCUGUAGGAAGAAAGCCAUACACUCAAGGUUUACAUUUAGACUAUAUUGAUGUAUCAAGAGACAAGCAAGGCCGUGUUAAUGUAAAUGAUCAUUUACAAACUUUAAGGCAUGCUCAUAUAUACGCAAUUGGAGACACUAUCAGAGGGCCAAUGCUUGCUCAUAAAGCUGAAGAAGAAGGCGUUUUUGUGGCUGAACAUAUAUAACUGCAUUAAUGUAUAUUUAAUAAAUAUUUAUAUUAUUAUAAAAUAUUUUACUAAUAUAGUUAAGAAUAGCUGGCCAAGGUGGCCACGUAAAUUAUGACGCAAUCCCUGGUGUCGUAUACACACACCCUGAAGUAGCUCAAGUCGGCAAAACUGAAGAAGAAUUAAAAGCUAGCAAUGUUCCUUAUACUAAAGGAACUUUUCCAUUCAUGGCUAAUUCAAGAGCAAGAGCUAACCAAGAGAUGGACGGAUUUGUUAAAGCUUUAGCCAUAAAUAAAAUGGCAUUCGGUUCGAGAGAAAUUGGCUCUGCCAAUUUUCUCUCUCCCUCAUGGAAUUUUAUUUAUGGGGUUGGGUUUUCUCUCGAGAACUUCUGCACAGCAAUAGUCGUUUAACUUUGGGGAUAACCAAAGGCACGACUCCUCAGUGCACUCAAGAUUUCGGAGUUUUACCUCUCAGCACGUCCCCACGGGAGGAUGACCCUUAGGCGGAACACGCGCAGGAGCUGAGUCUGGACGAGCGACGGCAACGCGCCGGGUGAGAUGUGCGGCGAUUUAUCUGGCGACUAGCCUCAUAGAAGGCUUGGGUGUGGGCUGACCACAUAUUCCAAGAUGGCUUGGUGACGUCACUAGUUGUCGCUUUGACCCUUUUUCAUUAAGGGGUGUGGGCACUAGACACCUUAAAAACUAUGUAACUAAGUAAGUAAGUUAAAGCUUUAGCCCAUAAAGAAACCAACCAGCUAUUAGGACUCCAUAUCAUUGGGCCAGACGCUGGAGAAAUCAUCAUGGAAGGAGUUGUUGGGAUCGAAUACGGAGCAGCUGCAGAAGACAUUGCAAGGACCUGUCAUGGACAUCCUGGGUUUUCAGAAGCAAUUAAAGAAGCUUGUUUAGCAACUUUUUCUAAAACUAUAAACUUUUAA